CUCUUAGCUCCCAUUGGUCAAUGAGCCCGCCUGGCAGCCCCGCGAUUGGCCGGACGGGCUGACGGCUGCGUCCAAUGGGCGGCGGCGCCGGCUUUCCCGCGGCCAUUCGCUAUUCGAGUGGGUGCAGGCGACAGGCGGCUGUUAAGGGCGUAACGGACGCGGGUCUUUGACAGGAUGAUGGCGGCCUUAGCGGCCGGAGGCUACGCACGGAGUGAUACGAUAGAGAAGCUGCCCUCCGUUAUGGCGGGAGUGCCGGCUCGGAGAAACCAGUCCUCCCCGCCUCCUGCCCCACCGCUCUGCCUCCGGCGGCGGACGCGACUCGCGGCGGCGCCUGAGGACACAGUGCAGAACCGGGUGACACUUGAGAAGGUGCUUGGCAUCACAGCCCAGAACAGCAGUGGGCUAACCUGUGACCCUGGCACGGGCCAUGUAGCCUACCUGGCAGGCUGUGUGGUGGUGAUCUUGAACCCCAAAGAGAACAAGCAGCAGCAUAUCUUUAACACUACCAGGAAGUCCCUGAGUGCUCUGGCCUUCUCCCCAGAUGGGAAGUACAUAGUGACAGGAGAGAAUGGGCACAGGCCAGCUGUACGCAUCUGGGAUGUGGAGGAAAAAACUCAGGUGGCAGAGAUGCUGGGGCACAAGUAUGGUGUGGCUUGUGUGGCCUUCUCACCCAAUAUGAAGCACAUCGUGUCCAUGGGCUACCAACAUGACAUGGUCCUCAAUGUCUGGGACUGGAAGAAAGACAUUGUGGUGGCUUCCAACAAGGUGUCAUGUAGAGUCAUCGCCCUCUCCUUCUCUGAGGACAGCAGCUAUUUUGUCACCGUUGGGAAUCGGCAUGUGAGGUUUUGGUUCUUAGAAGUCUCCACGGAAGCAAAGGUGACUGGCACAGUGCCCCUGGUAGGGCGCUCAGGCAUCCUGGGUGAGCUACACAACAACAUCUUCUGUGGUGUGGCCUGCGGCCGGGGCCGGAUGGCAGGCAAUACCUUCUGUGUGUCCUACUCUGGCCUCCUCUGCCAGUUCAAUGAGAAGAGGAUGCUGGAAAAGUGGAUCAACCUGAAGGUCUCCUUGUCUUCCUGCCUGUGUGUCAGUGAGGAACUCAUCUUCUGUGGGUGCACAGAUGGGAUAGUCCGUAUCUUCCAGGCCCAUAGCCUGCAGUAUCUCGCCAACCUGCCCAAGCCGCACUACCUGGGAGUAGACGUGGCACAGGGCCUGGACUCCAGCUUCCUCUUCCACAGAAAAGCAGAAGCAGUCUAUCCAGAUACAGUGGCACUAACCUUUGACCCCAUCCACGAAUGGCUCUCCUGUGUCUAUAAGGACCACAGCAUCUAUAUCUGGGAUGUCAAGGACAUCAAUGAAGUCAGCAAAAUGUGGUCAGAGCUCUUCCAUAGCUCCUUCGUCUGGAAUGUGGAGGUGUAUCCUGAGUUUGAAGAUCAGAGAGCCUGCCUGCCAUCCGGGUCUUUUCUGACUUGUUCCUCAGACAACACCAUCCGAUUCUGGAAUAUGGGUAGCAGCUCUGACACUCAGUGGCAGAAAAACAUCUUCAGUGACACCCUGCUGAAGGUGGUAUAUGUGGAGAAUGACAUUCAACACCUGCAGGACAUGUCUCACUUCCCAGACCGGGGCAGUGAGAAUGGGACACCCAUGGAUGCGAAAGCUGGGGUUCGAGUCAUGCAGGUCAGUCCUGAUGGCCAGCACUUGGCUUCAGGCGACCGCAGUGGAAAUCUGAGGAUCCACGAGCUGCACUUCAUGGAUGAGCUGAUCAAGGUGGAAGCCCAUGAUGCUGAGGUGCUGUGCCUGGAGUACUCCAAGCCUGAGACAGGAGUGACUUUGCUGGCUUCAGCCAGUCGGGACCGGCUCAUCCACGUGUUAAAUGUGGAGAAGAACUACAACCUGGAGCAGACCCUGGAUGACCACUCUUCCUCCAUCACAGCCAUUAAGUUUGCUGGCACCAGAGACGUCCAGAUGAUCAGCUGUGGGGCCGACAAGAGCAUCUACUUUCGUAGUGCCCAGCAGACCUCGGAUGGGCUGCACUUUGUCCGCACCCACCAUGUAGCAGAGAAGACCACCUUGUAUGACAUGGAUAUUGACAUCACGCAGAAGUACGUGGCCGUAGCCUGCCAGGAUCGAAAUGUGAGGGUCUACAACACAGUGAGUGGGAAACAGAAGAAGUGCUACAAGGGUUCCCAGGGAGAUGAGGGGUCCCUGCUGAAGGUCCAUGUGGACCCCUCAGGCACCUUCCUGGCCACAAGCUGCUCUGACAAGAGCAUCUCGGUGAUUGACUUUUACACAGGCGAGUGUGUUGCCAAGAUGUUCGGCCAUUCAGAAAUUGUCACUGGCAUGAAGUUCACCUAUGACUGCCGUCACUUGAUCACAGUAUCUGGAGACAGCUGCGUGUUCAUCUGGCACCUGGGCCCGGAGAUCACCACCUGCAUGAAGCAGCAUUUGCUGGAGAUCAAUCACCAGGAGCAGCAGCGACCGCCCAAGCACCAGAAGUGGAGCAGCGCCCCCAGCCAGGAGACAUAUGUAUCCACACCAAGUGAGAUCCGUUCCCUGAGCCCUGGAGAGCAGACAGAAGAUGAGAUGGAGGAGGAUUGUGACCCAGAAGAGUCGCUGAAAACGCCAUCCAAAGAGAGUUUGGAUCCAGAUCCUCAGUGCCUGCUGACCAAUGGCAAGCUGCCACUCUGGGCAAAGCGGCUGCUAGGGGAUGAUGACGUGGCAGACAACUCGGCUUUCCGUGCCCACCGCAGCUACCAGCCGCAUGGCCGUUGGGCAGAGCGGGCUGAGCAGGAACCCCUCAAGACCAUCCUGGAUACCUGGGCCCUGGAUUCCUACUUUACACCCAUGAAGUCUGAAAAUUCAGAAGAUUCUGUUCUGGAAUCAUUGGAGCCACAGAACCUGUCAGGCCUGCUUAGUGAGUCAGAGAGUCCCCCAGGGGACAACCAAGGACACCCAUCCUUCCUGACUCUACAGAGGGAGUCCACUGAGACAAGAGAACUCAUCCUCUGCUCCUCAGAGGCCGAAGUGACAGUCACAGGGAUGCACAGUGAGUACUACGAGAAGGAGGCAGACGCAGGACCUGAAGACCAGCAGGGCGACUCCUAUCUCAGGGUCCCCUCCGUCAGUUCAAAGGACCAGAGCCCACCUGAGGACUCCGGGGAGUCAGAGGCUGAAUUGGAGUGCAGCUUUGCAGAUGCCCGUUUCUCAGCUUCUCGGACUGACCCUGGCCCUCACCUCACUGUGACGAUGCCCCAUGAACCAGAGAACCCAAGUACAGAAGAGCUUUCCCAGCCUGAAGUGCCAGGCUUGGCCAGCGGCUCCUUACCCCAGACCCCUGAGCAGGAGAAGUUCCUCCGCCAGCACUUUGAGACACUUACUGAUACCCCUCCUGAAGAGCUCUUUCAUGGGUCAGUGGCAGACAUAAAGAUCUCAGAGGCUGACAACCAUUUCUUCAAUCCCCGGCUGAGCAUCUCCACCCAGUUUCUCUCACGCCUCCAGAAGCCCUCCAGAUUCCCUCCCCGGCUGCCCCUGUACCUUAUGAAGUCUCCGGAGGUCAAGCCUACAGGGCAAGGGGGCAGCCAGCCCAAAGCAGGGCCUCUGAGAGCAGGUACUGGCUACAUGUCCUCAGAUGGGACCAAUGUCCUCUCUGGGCAGAAGGCUGAAGAGACCCCAGAGGCCUUGUGCCUACCAACUCCUUCCUUCACAGGCCUGGAUCAGAGCGUCUGUGCCCUCUCUACAUGUUCCUACCUGGAGACAACUAGUUCACAUGCCAAGUUAUCACAUAGCAUUUCUCUUGGGGACAGUGAGGGCCCUGUGACAGCUGAGCUCUCCAGGUCACUUCACAAACCCUUAUCCAUGGGAGAACUGACUUCCCUGGGCCAGGAACCUCAGGUCAUCCCCACCACAGUGACACUCACUUCUAGAAUCGAAGGUCAAGAGCCUGCCAUGCCUUCCUGGGGCAACCAUGAGGCCCGAGCCAGCCUGAAACUGUCCUUAUCCAAUGUCUGUGGCCAGCUCCUCUCUUCGCCACCACUGGAGCCACCCACCACAUGUAUGUGGUCUCAGGAACCUGCGGAUGUCCAGCCUGAUAUGGCAGUCACAGUAGCCAGCUUCCCAGCACCCAGCCCUGUAGAUGUGAGCACCUUGAGACUCCACAGCUCUAUGUUUCUCCCAAAGACCUCAGCCUCUGGACCCCUCACCCCUCCUGGCCAUCCCAACAACCUCCAACUUCUAGAGACCAGGUCUAGAAUGCCUGGAAGCACUGCUGCUCUCCUGGAGCCCACCCCUGCCCCAGAUACACCCAGUGUGAUCCCGGGCAGCCCUGGACACUGUGGGGAGCCUGGGCUGCCAGCUGAGGCCCUGCCCCCAGCACUCCUUGAGCUGGGCGGUGUGGGAUCAGUCUUACACAGGCUGCAGACUGCCUUCCAAGAAGCCCUUGACCUUUACCGAAUGUUGGCCUCCAGCAACCAGCUGGGUGCUGAGCAACAGCAGGCACAGACUGAGCUGGCCUCCACCUUCCACUGGAUCCACAGCCAGCUGGAAGCCAGCAACUGGAUGGCUGCAGCUAACUCGGCUCCACCCCAGACACUGCCUAGCCCAGGUCUGCGGUCCCCACCUACACUAUGUCCCCUGGCCAGCCCAAACCUGCAGGCCCUGCUGGAACACUACUCAGAGCUGCUGGUACAAGCUGUGAGGAGGAAGGCAAGGGGUGACUGAGGGCCUGCAGCCUACCAAAGCCCUGCUGCUCUGGAGAAGUAGACUUUUAAGCAAAUAA